UGGUGUGCUGUGUCCCUCGGACACAGUGGAUCACCGAUCAAUGGAAAGAGCCGAAGAUGUCGGCACGGUCAUGUGAUCAGCUGUGUCCAAUCACAGCUAAUCACAUCAGUGCCACUUGUCAGUGUCCAUCAGUGCCACCUGCCAGUGCCCAUCAGUGCCACAUUUCAGUGCCUACAAGUGCACAUCAAUGCCACAUAUCAGUGCCCAUCUGAGCUGCCUUUCAUUGUCACCCAUCAGUUCCAGUCAGUACCACCUAUCAAUGCCAGUCAGUGCCACCUAUCAGUGCUGCCAGUCAGUGCUGGAUAUCAGUGCCAGUCAGUGCCGCCUAUCAGUGUGCAUUAGUGCCACCUAUCAGUGCCCAUCAGUGCUGGCUAUCAGUGCUGCCUAACAGUGCCAGUCAGAGCCACUUAACAGUGCCAGUCAGUGCCGCCUAUCAGUGC